UGGAAGCCGAGAGGAGGAGGAGGAGGAGAAGGGGGCGCCCGUCCGCCUGCCCCAGCGAGCAGGGGGGGAAAAAACCCAGAGAGAGAGAGAGAGACACGGAUAGAGAGAGAGAGAGAGAGACGCUCAGCUACCAUGAGCCAGCAAAGCAAGCGCUAAGCGGGCCCAGCGCCGCGGGAGCACUUUUACUUCCCAAGAGCGGAUGGAACGUUGAGGAGGCCACAUCAAAGGGCUCCGGCGGGGGGCAAAACAUCCGAUCGAACGUUGGGACAAACAUCCGAUCGAACGUCGGCGCGGCCAAUCGAACGCCGGGAGAGGCGCGCGCGGAUCGAACGUUCGGAGAGCGCCUCUCUUUUUCUCUCCCACCCCCCCUUUUAUUCCUUUCCUUCCCCACUCUCGCUUUUUUUUUCUCCUACUCCUUCUCCCCCUUUCUCCCCCCCCCCCACCCUUCGCUCCCCCUUUUCUUCCCUCCCUUCGCUACAUUGUAAACCAUUUCCGUUCGACUUACAUUGUUAAAAAGCCGCCGCCGCCUUGGUUGCAGCCGCCGCCACCGCCAGGAGAACAAUAGGAAGGCAGGAGGGGGGACCGGGGCGCCCACCCCGGCUGCGCCCCGGGGAUCUCCAACCCUAGUUGUGAAUGUGACCGCCCCCCCCUCUCUCCCCGCCCGCACCACAAAGCUGAGCAGGACGGACAUUUGAAUCGGUGGGAAUAUGAACCAGCAGCAGAGAAUGGCCGCAGCAGGAACAGACAAAGAACUGAGUGAUUUGCUGGAUUUCAGUAUGAUGUUCCCCUUACCGGUGGCUAAUGGUAAAAACAGACCCACAACGCUUGCGAGUACACAGUUCGGAGGAUCAGCAGGUUUGGACGAGCGACCAGCUUCAGGUUCCUGGGGAACAGGAGAUCAAAAUAACUCCACGUUUGACCAAGUCAGGCAGGGCUAUGGCGAAGGCGCCCACUACGGCGAGCACAGGGACCUGCCGUCCCACAAUAGCAUAUCUUCGUCGUCAUUCCUAGGCUCCGGGAUAGUCGGGAAAGGUACGGAACGAGGCACCUAUCCGUUUGGAAGAGACGCGGGCAUGCCAGCCCUCAACCAGCCUGGCUUUCUGCCCGGCGAAAUGGGGAUUUCGAGUCCCGGCACGCUGUCCCCCACGGGGGUGAAGGGUGGAUCGCAGUACUAUCCGUACGCCAACAAUCCUCGCCGGAGAGGAGCAGAUAGCAGCAUAGACGGACAACCGAAAAAAGUUAGAAAGGUGCCUCCCGGAUUGCCCUCUUCGGUGUAUCCACCCAACUCAGGUGAUGAAUACACCAGGGAACCGGCUGGCUACACACCUUCCAAACCCCCCAGCACUGUCUAUCCUGGAGCCUUCUACAUGCCAGACGGGCUUCACGGCUCUGCGGAUCUGUGGAGUUCCUCCAACGCCAUGAGUCAAUCCAACUACGGAUCUAUCUUGGGUGCUUCUUCCUCCCCACUCCCACAAUCCGGCAGCUUCAGCGGUCUUCACCAGCACGAACGGAUGAAUUAUCAGAUGCAUUCAGGAGAAGUCAACGGUGGCCUCCCAUCCGUCUCUGGGUUUUCCUCAGCCUCCACUCAGUACGGAGUGUCCAGCCAUACGCCUCCAAUCGGCGGGACGGAGAGUGUGAUGGGUAAUCGGGGCACUACAGCUGGCAGUUCAGGGGACGCACUUGGAAAAGCAUUAGCUUCGAUCUACUCCCCAGAUCACUCUAGCAAUAAUUUCUCUUCAAACCCAUCCACACCGGUGGGAUCCCCUCAGGGAAUAACAGGUUCUUCGCAAUGGCCCCGAACCAGUGGACAGGGUGCCUUAUCCCCGAGCUACGAAGGGACCCUCCAUACAUUGCAAAACAAAAUGGAAGACCACUUGGAUGAAGCCAUCCACGUGCUGAGGAGCCACGCGGUGGGCCAGAACAACCACCGGGAGAUCCACGACUUGUUGGCCUCCGCGUCUGCGCACAGCACCUCCGUGGGCAGCCUCAGCCAGUCCUUCCCCCCUGCCUCUGUCUUGCCGAUCGCCAAUCGGCACUCAAACCUGCAGGUGGCAGGAGGUCACCCUGAAGAUGGCCUCUCCAACAAUCCCAGCCUCCUCCACAACCACGUUGCUCUCCCCGCCCAGACCAGCUCGCUCCCAGAUCUCAACAGAGGCCAGUCUUCAGAUGCCUUCAGCGGCUUGACGGGGGGUCUGGGGAGGGCCAGCGUCUCGUCCGGCGCCAGCGACAUCAAGCGGGAAGACAAGGAGGACGACGAGAAUGCCUCCGUGGCCGACAACUCGGAGGAGGAGAAGAAGGAACUGAAGGCAUCGCGCAACAGAACAAGGUGCUCAAUAAACAGUCAAGAUGAGGAUGAGGAAGACGACCUUCUUCCCCCAGAGCAAAAAGCCGAGCGAGAGAAAGAGAGGCGGGUAGCCAAUAACGCCCGCGAGCGCCUGCGGGUCCGCGACAUCAACGAGGCCUUUAAAGAGCUCGGUCGCAUGUGCCAGCUGCACCUUAACAGCGAAAAGCCUCAGACCAAACUGCUCAUUCUGCACCAGGCCGUGUCGGUUAUUCUGAAUCUGGAACAACAAGUUAGAGAACGUAAUCUAAACCCCAAGGCAGCCUGCUUGAAACGGCGCGAAGAGGAGAAAGUGUCUGGUGUGGUGGGAGACCCCCAGAUGGCGCUUUCGGCAUCUCAUCCAGGUCUCGGAGACGGGCACAACCCCGUGGGACAUAUGUAAAGACAAUUUCUUUUCUUCACCUGGAAGCAGACGUCUGUAGGAAGAAGGAAAGGCCGUUUCAUCACACACACACACACACACACUCACACACACACAAACACACACACCCGCCGCGUGUCUGCACCAGAAACUGUAGUCCUGUUUAAAUACCGACGCACGGCAAUGGAAGUUCAGUGUGCUCCUCGAACGUAAAGGAAAAGCAACAACUUUAUCAAACAAACUCCAACUACAAAGAUUGCCUUAAAUGUAUAUUCUGGAACUGUUAAUGCAUAUUGUUCAGUUACCGAGCGGGAUGGGGUGGGGUUGGGUGUGACAUUACAAGUGGCUUGCGUUCACAAAAGGCCAGCAGAAGAAAUUGUGCCUACGCGUUUUUCUUUUCUUUUUUUUAAAAAAAACACAAAACGAAAAACGAGAAGAACAUUAGUUACGAUUUUUUUUUUUUUUUAAUGUAGAACAAACAUAGUAUAAUGCCUUUUUUGGGGUUUUUUUUUUUUUUUUUUUUGGUUUUUUUUUUUAAAAAAGCUUCUUUUGCAUAUAUGUUUUGUAAGCAACAACGAAAAAAAAACGUGUAAAGAGAAAGAUAGAGACUUGAUUCCCCCCCCCUUUUGCUUUUUUUUCCCUGCUGCUGUUUCUAUAGUUAAUGUUGCAUAUUAUUUUUUAAAUAAGGUCAAUCAGAAAUAUUAAAAGUUCGGAUUAAGAGACUGGGUGUUUAAAAACGAAAGAAGAGAGCAGUGGGGUGUGUUUAAGCCGAUGACAUGAGUUUAGCUAGGCCGGCUAAUAAACGCCUUCACUUGGCUAGUAACUUCCAUGAUAAAUCAGGAUGUGUUGAUAUGAUCUCUUUUCCUUUCGGCCACUUUGAAUAUUGGAAGGGUGGCGGUAGGCAACAAAAGGAACCCCUCAUUGGUUCUUUUGCCUUUUCAUCUCAAAAGGUGCGCCCAGUAGUGAUUCUUGAAAGUCUUAUAUUUUGUCCUACCCACCCGUCUCCCCCUAUCCAAAUACUUGCGGUCCCAAUUGAAUGGGAGGUGAACAAACGACCAGCAGAAAUAGGUUUGGUUCCUUUUUGCGGGGGCGUCCCAACCGAAGAGGAUCAUGUCUGUGAAAUAGACACGUCGGGAUACUGGGGAACGCGGACUCAAAAGCGCAAGGUGGCAGGGACUUGGACGUGCUCAGAAGUGUGUUGCAGACGGAAAACAACUCACCUUUUUUUUUUAAAAAAAAAAAAAGCAGCAUCUGAUGCGAACAGAUGCGGAACAAGAGCGAAAGGUUUGGAGCGACGGCUGCCGGGUUGUAGACGGAACAAAGACCCCUUGGGAGAAAAGAAGAACAAAAGAGGGGCGUGGAGAGUCCCAGCGCUGGAGGGGGGUUUCGGUUGUGAUGCAUGCACCUCCCAAAGAAGAUGGGUGCUGUGCCAUCGUUGCGAAGCUCCUGUUUAGAUAACGCAACUCCCCGCGGCAGGGUGGUCAAACUGUCCUGUCCCUGAAUGACAUUCAGGGAGAGCGUCCCCGCUCAGGGUGGACAGAAACAAGGAGAAUCGUCACGUCCCUCUACUUCCAGAUAUGUCACGAUAAGGCUGUGCCCACAUCGUUUUUGGGGUGGGGUGGGGGCAGUUAACCCACACGGUCUCUCGCCCCUCCACGUGGCCGACUUGGGCUGUGUAACUCUGCAACUUUGGCCUCUCAGGGCCAGAGAUUCGGGGCUCGCUCCGGGGGGUGGGGUGAUGAAACCUCCAAAGGUGAGGUUGCAAACCUCGGAGCGUCGGCUUUCACAGGUGGAGGAGAGGAGGACGUGGGAGAAUGAUGCUGCGUGUUCCACCGUUAACUCCAUUCCAGCUUAUGCUUCCUUGAACGCCAGAAGACAAGCCCAGGGCACGGGGUGGCACCUGGAGGACUUUUUCCUGUGGAUCCUGUGGAAUUCUUGCCUUGUGGCAGCCUUGGUCCGGCUGUGAAAAGGAGAAGAGGGCCGGUGCCUCCUUUCCAAAGGGGGACUGGCCAGAGGUAGCCAAGUUGCCCCCAUCGGUUGUCUUGCUCCGUUGCAGAGUUUUUAUUCUCUGACUGUUGGGAUGUGGGCAUUUGUCUCCAUGUUGCCCCUGGGGGAAGUUCCUGAAGGAAGGAAGAGGAAGAAAACCCUACGCACUGCCCGCCCCUGGCCUUGUUCCAUCCCUUCCUUUCGCUGCACAGACUGGUUUGGAAAACCGCCACGUGGUUCAACCUGGGUUACAAGCAGCUUUGCGAGGACUGAGCGUGCAGAGGGCAGGGUGUCCGCUCUCCUGUGGAUGCGAGAACUCACCCGCCCCAUCACCACCCCGGCUGAAUAUCUCUGCAAAGCAGAACAUGUCACGACUUCCAUUUAGUGCCAGAUCUACCCAAAUCUCUUCCCAGGCCACCAGCUCAAAACAAGUUUCUUUUAUUUUCUCUCCCUUUUCUUUUUAAAGUCAUUCUUUGGUUGUUCUUUUUGCUCUUUCGGUUUUGUUUCAUUGUUUGAAAGUAUUUCUGUUCUGUCGAAGGGGAAGCUCGCCUUUCUACGGGGUGUAUCUACACUACAAACUCUAAGCCAGUUUCAAACCGGUUUAUCUAAAGGAAUCCUGCAGUGUCAUGAGGGUACCAGGAAUUCCUUGCAAGGGUCCCCUUUAUCCUACCUAAAGGACCCUUCUUCUUAGAGCUACAAUUCCCGGAAUUCCUGCAUUUGGUAGCCGUAAUAGCUAAAAACGGGUUUGAAACCAGUUUUAAGUUUGUAAUAUAGAUCUAUCCCAAAGAAUCUUGGGAUAUUUAUUUUUGUUGGGGAGGGGGGAGGGGGUUGGGGGGGGUUAGGAGACAAGAAGGGACAACCAGCAAAAAAAAAAAAGUCUUAGGGGAAACAGCGUCAGGCGGAAAUUUUACUUUUUUGUUUAAAAAAUAUAGGGGUUCAAGCACUGCAGAGAACAAAAUGUAACUUGAUUCCUGUUAAGAUAUAUUUUUUUAGGAGGGGCGGGGAGGGCUGUGUAUUUUUCAGCCCUUUUAGAUUGUUUUGAGGGUUCUUUUUGUUAUUGGGGCUUUUUUAUAUAAAAAAAAAUUAAAAAUGGGUCCUUGCUUUUUGGGGGGGAGGCCCCAAUUCAGCUACAGUUAGCCAUGGCUGUGUGUCUCAUGGAAACGAAUGAGGCACCAUAAAGUCCUUUUGCUCUGAGUGGGGUUUUAAGUCAUGUCUAACUGUAUUUGGAUAUGGGCCUUGGUGUUUUGCUGCCUACAUGUAAAUCCAGCUGUACGUAACGGGCUGAGAUCCUUGUUAUUAAAUCAGAUACACAUUAUAGUUUUUAAAGAUAUAUAUAUAGUAUAAAUAUAUAUAUAUAUAAAUAUAUGCCUAACCCCAAUAAAAAAAAAAUGGAAAAAGGAAAAAAGUAUUUUGGGGAGGGAACGGGGGCAGGAUAGAAGGAAAAAAAAAACAUUUUUGGAGCUGAAUCACAAUUUCUGGGAUAGGGGGAACACGGGGGUUAAAAUUGUGUUUCCGAGUGCCUCAAAAUAUGGAUUGUGUUCAUUUUUUAAGAAAAAUAAUAAUUUUAUACAAGUGUCAAGAAGAAGAAAACCCGCUGGCUGGAUUAUUUGGAAUUUUUAAAUAAUCCUUAACUUUUUUAAAAGUAGAAUUUUGAGAACUGUCCUGUAUAUAACAGUAAUGUAGCAAUAAAUGUGACAUUUUAUAACAAUAUUACCUUUUUUUUCUCCCCUCCCCGUAUCUGUCUUUCAGAUGUUGUAUACCUAUCAAUGAAAAAGUUGUAAUAAAGGGUUUACCUUGUACUAAA